AGCAGUGAUGCCACUCACGUCAUGCGACUGUUAAAUAAACCAAUUAUCCUAUGGGUUGUUGUGUCAAUCUUCUUUCUGAUGGUCAUGUUACGCAUGAACGAGACCAUAUUUUGGAAUUGGUUUGUCAUCUUCACUCCAAUGUGGUUCCUCGACUUGGUCAUGUUGAUCACAGUUUGCGUCUGCAUCAGUCAUCGAAACAUACGACUCACUUGCUCUUGUGAUCCGGGCACCCGUACAGAUCAGGUACUCUCGUUUGUCCUGAUCACAUCCAAACUGCUCGCUCAGAUCACCAUCUGUCUUUACGCGGAAAGAUCCAAUUUCGGCACGGGUUCCGCCCCCGAGGGUGUUUGGACCACGUUCCGUCUGUGGCAUGUAAUGAUCCCACUGUGGCUCACAUUGUCACUUACACUGGUCGCUUUGUGUCGUGGAUUGUUUGGCAAAGCACUGCAUCAAAUGUGGUCCCGAUGUGCCCAUUUUUAA